GGCGGUCGUUCCUGCCCAAGCUGGUGCAUUCUAGACGACAUAGCUUCUGCUCCAUCCCCAACAGGAUCUUGAGACUUUUUAUUCAAGACCCGUCCUUCUCUUCUUUCGUUCCGUGCUUCUCCUCUUUCGUUUCUUCACCUUUCCAUUGAGGAACCCAUCCAGCACAAAGAUACCUACUCAAAAUGGCCAGCGCUCUGGACCACCUCUACACCGGCGGCCGCAUCAACUGGCUGGCUCAGCUGGACACGGCGGUGCAGCCGGCCAAGAACUACCGCCGGACUUCCAUCAUCUGCACCAUUGGCCCCAAGACCAACUCGGUCGAGGCCCUCAAUGAGCUCCGCAAGGCCGGCCUGAACGUCGUGCGCAUGAACUUCUCCCACGGCAGCUACGAGUACCACCAGUCCGUCAUCGACAAUGCCCGUGCUGCCGAGAAGGCCAUGCCCGGCCGCCAGGUCGCCAUUGCUCUCGACACCAAGGGCCCCGAGAUCCGGACCGGCAACACUAGUGGUGACCAGGACCUGCCCAUCUCGGCCGGCACCGAGCUGAACUUCACCACGGACGAGAAGUACGCCACGGCCUGCGAUACGGAGAACAUGUACGUCGACUACAAGAACAUCACCAAGGUCAUCGAGAAGGGUCGCAUCAUCUACGUCGAUGACGGUGUCCUCGCCUUCGAGGUUCUCAACGUUGUUGACGACAAGACGGUUCGCGUCCGCGCCCGCAACAAUGGCUUCAUCUCUUCCAGGAAGGGCGUGAACCUGCCCAACACCGACGUCGACCUGCCCGCGCUGUCGGAGAAGGACAAGAACGACCUGCGCUUUGGCGUCGAGAACAACGUGGACAUGGUCUUUGCGUCCUUCAUCCGCCGCGGCCAGGACAUCAAGGACAUCCGUGAGGUCCUCGGCGAGGAGGGCCGCCACAUCCAGAUCAUUGCCAAGAUCGAGAACCGUCAGGGUCUCAACAACUUCCCCGAGAUUCUUGCCGAGACUGACGGUGUCAUGGUUGCUCGUGGUGAUCUUGGUAUCGAGAUUCCUGCCGCCGAGGUGUUUGCCGCGCAGAAGAAGAUGAUUGCCCUGUGCAACAUGGCUGGCAAGCCCGUCAUUUGCGCCACCCAGAUGCUCGAGUCCAUGAUCAAGAACCCCCGCCCGACCCGCGCCGAGAUCAGCGACGUUGGCAACGCUGUCACGGACGGCUCCGACUGCGUCAUGCUGUCAGGCGAGACAGCCAAGGGAAGCUACCCCAACGAGGCCGUGCGUGAGAUGAGCGAGGCCUGCCUCAAGGCCGAGAACACUAUCCCGUAUGUCAGCCACUUCGAGGAGAUGUGCGGCAUUGUCAACCGCCCCGUCAGCGUCGUCGAGUCGUGCGCCAUGGCUGCCGUUCGUGCCUCGCUGGACCUGAACGCCGGUGGUAUCAUCGUGCUCUCCACGUCAGGUGACUCUGCCCGCCUCCUGUCCAAGUACCGCCCGGUCUGCCCCAUCUUCAUGGUGACCCGCAACGCGUCUGCGUCCAGGUACAGCCAUCUGUACCGCGGUGUCUACCCCUUCCUCUUCCCCGAGGCCAAGCCCGACUUCUCCAAGGUUAACUGGCAGGAGGACGUUGACCGCCGCAUCAAGUGGGGUGUCAGCAAGGCUAUGGGCCUGGGAGUCCUGACCAAGGGAGACUCCAUCGUUGUUGUUCAGGGCUGGAAGGGUGGCAUGGGCAACACCAAUACUAUUCGCAUCGUCAAGGCGGACGCUGAGAGCCUGGGCAUUGGCGAGCUUGCUUAA